ACAAGCUAUCGUCAGCAGAACUCACUCAUUUGGGAGCUCAUUUCUUUCCCUCGAGACAAGCAAGAAACAUACGUGGAUCUGAGUAUCUGUCUUUGUUUUCUUAUUACCCUAAAAGUUGGACUUAAGGAGGCUGUCAUGGAUCCAAUUGUGGAAGUAGUGGCUUUGAUACUGGGGUUUGUUGGGUGGGUGAUGGUUGGGGUGGCGCUGCCGAAUCGUUACUGGAAGACAUCCACGGUAGAUGGGAACGUCAUCACCACCUCCACCAUAUAUGAAAACUUGUGGAUGUCCUGCGCCACCGAUUCCACUGGGGUCCACAACUGCAGGGAGUUCCCCUCACUGCUUGCUUUGAGUGGUUACAUCCAGGCUUCCCGUGCCUUGAUGAUUGCAUCCAUAGUGUUGGGCACCUUUGGUCUGGUGGGGGCACUCAUAGGAGUCCAGUGCUCGAAGGCAGGAGGAGAAAACUAUGUUCUCAAAGGGAGGAUUGCAGGCACCUCCGGGGUGCUUUUUAUGCUGCAAGGCCUUUGCACCAUGGUCUCUGUAUCGUGGUAUGCCUUCAAUAUCACCCAGGAAUUCUUUGACCCCUUCUACCCGGGAACAAAGUAUGAAAUAGGAGAAGGACUCUACAUCGGCUGGUGCUCGGCUGUGCUCGCCAUCGCCGGAGGAGCCUGCCUCACAUGCUCUUGCAAAAUAGGCAGAGAGGAAAAAUACCCGUUGCCUUAUCAGAGCAGAGGAACCGUGUACUCUGGAGCUGCACCAAGCAGGAGUGCAGCAGCCAGCACUUAUGGACGAAACGCUUACGUCUGAGCUGGAUGGGAUUUAUCUGCUGUUUUUAUCACCUCACUGUUAUUCAUGUAUAUAAACUGUUCAUUGUUUUACAUUUUGUGCAGUCCACAGCUCACAGUGGGCACUAAGUCAGUACCACUCUGAUGUAUAUAGUCCUAAUCUCUAGAGGAGUUUCCUGUACAAAUAUCCUGAUCAUUGAUAAGACUGAUAACACUGUGAAUGCUGUACAAAGCUAUUGAAUUUUUGCUUUCCAUCGUGCUGCCACACAGGCUGAGUCCUUUCAGCGAUUUUUGUUCAUAUUUCCCUGAUAAAAAUCAACAUGAGGAUGUUUACUUAAAGAUUAAAUCAUGCUUUAAUUGGCAUAAAUAAGAACAGAAAUUUCUGAGGUCAAAGGAGAGAAGAUGAACAUUUAUUUUUGGUUUUGUUUUGUACAGUUUUGUAAAGUAAGAUAGGAUGGGAAACAGAUUAUUUUUGUUUCAAUUUGAAUGUUUUUUACAACUUAACAAAAUAAAAAGUGUAA